AUGUGUCCUCCUCAGUUGCCGUCCCAAUUCCAGCAGAAGGCUUUCACCGGUGUUGGAUUGUUUAGUACUGACAUUUCCUGUAAAAAUGAAGCUGGUGAGCCUGUUGAUUGGUUCAUCAUCUACAAGUUGCCCAGGUAUAAGAUUGGCGAGGUCGGCAGUGGUGUAGACUACAUGUACCUGGACUCCUCAGUAGGGAGCUGGCAGAUGAGUAAAUUCACAGUUAACACCAGUCAAGGAGCCAUAGGGAACACACUGAACCAGAUUUACAUAGGAGAGGCCUACAAGUCUAACAGCUCAGUCUACGCAUUCUACAAUGAUGCACCGCCAAUCCUGGAGUACAUCAAAGGCUAUGGACACACUAAAGGGUUACUGCACUUUGACCACUCUCAAGGUUUCUGGCUAUCGCACAGCAUCCCCCAUUUCCCCUCCUUCCCUGAGAAAGGCUACCGUUACCCCUCCUCUGGCAAAAUCAAUGGCCAGACUGCUCUGUGUGUGACGUACCAGUAUGCCCAGUUCCUCCGUAUAGCGGAGCAGAUGGUGUACCUGUUCCCGCGUUUCUAUAACUGCUCAGUGCCCGGUGCAUUUUUGGCCGACCUGCCACAGUUGGCUCAAUUAUGUGAGGGCUCCAAACCUCCGCUGGCCUCAGAUAAGAGAGUGGAGCAGCUCUUCUCCAUCCAGGGGGAGAAGUUUGCCAGUUUUGUCAAAUCUGAACGUUUUGUGGAUGAUAUCUACACAGGCUGGGUGGCCCAGGCCCUGGAUGCCGAUCUGCUGGUUGAAAGCUGGCAGACAGAAGGCCACGAGCUGCCGUCCAACUGCUCUUUGCCCAAACACGUCAUGAACAUCAAGAGGAUUCAGCUUCCUGGAUCAGUCCUGUUCCAGUCUCACUACGACCACUCAAAGUGGUGUGUGUCACGGGCUUAUAAGGACCAGGUGACCUGCUUGGGAGACCUCAAUAGGGAGAGGGCCCAAAUGUGGCGUGGUGGGGGGCUGGUCUGCUCUUUCAACCCUCUGAUUUACAAGGCCUUCAGACAGGUGGUGGACUGGUACAUUGGUUGUUGAACAAAAGAGAAAAAAAGCAUGAUUGAGAGUGGAUCAGUGUUACACUUAAUAGGUCAAAUCUGUUUUCACAUUUAGGGAUCUAAAUGUGGAAUGUUUAAGGUUUGAAAGUGUCUGGCAUGCAACCAUCAGGCCACAAUCAAAUUAGCUUUCAAUUUUAGAAACUAAAGCUACAUUUAGCGUCUUUAUUAGCUUGUUGGAUCUUAGCUAAGAACAUAUUCAUAGCAAUCUAUGGGACUGAUUAUGUUAAUAUUAUUCCACUUCCAUUUAUGCUUCAGCUGGAAAUCUGUAACGUGUACAUUUAUAUAUUGUAACAGAAGAACACAAAAGUAUAUGAAUUUUUGCUUUAUCAGGUAAUUUCCCCCCUUGUAAGCAGCACCUUGUUGAGUUCGGAAAUAUUUAACAUAUUCAAAAUAUAUUUAAAUAUGUUUUGAAUUAAUAGGUUAAUCCAUAAACGUUUCCAUGGUCCAAUUGGUAUUGAUAUGCUGACAUGGCCCUUUCUGUGAUUCAGGCCUUUGAUUGUUUACAGGAAAAAUUAAUCUAUGUCUUUCACCAGUUCUGUGAAUUUAAAUGUUGUAUGAGUAUUUUAAAUUUUUAUAGUAUAAUGUGACUUAGGCCAUAUAGUAUGGCUAUAUGUUUAAUUAAUAAAGAUGCAAAAUACAAGUGUAUCAGUUGUCAUCACUGUCUGACAUUUACAUUAAAACUUCAUUAAUAGCACUGCAUUACUUUCCUGUAAUUCUUUGAGUAUAAGAACCUUUAUUUUUAGUCUAAAUUAAG